AUGGCACCAAUUAAUUUAAUGGAUCUGUCUUCGGAUAGAAUAAAGGAGUUUCUGGAUUCGUUCGACCACGUGUUCUCAGACUGCGACGGAGUCAUAUGGACUAAAACUCCGUUGCCAGGGGUCGGAAGCUUUUUUGAUCUCAUGAAAAGACACGGCAAGACUGUACACUUCGUAUCAAAUAACAGUUUACGAACCAAAGAAAACUAUGAGUCCAUGUUCCAAGCUGCUGGCAUUCAAAACGGCUUUGAAAACCUCACGGUUCCAUCAAUAGCUAUAGCGGAAUAUCUAAAGUGUAUCAAAUUGGAAAAAUCUGUAUAUUGCGUUACGUGUCCUGAAACUAUAGCUGUGCUGACGUCAUACGGGUUCAAAUGCGAACAAGGGCCAGAUGUCGGUACAUACUACUACACUGAUUAUAUACAAUAUUUAGCCGACGAUGUAGAAAUAGGUGCUGUUGUAUUCGACAGUGACUUCAAAAUUAAUCUGCCAAAGAUGUACAGAGCUCUAACGUAUCUUCAACGACCUGAAGUGCACUAUAUUAACGGUGCAACUGAUAAAUACGUACCUUUGGUACCGGGAUCUCUGGCUCUGGGCGUCGGUGCAUUUGCUGAUAUGGUGAGUGAGGAAUCUAAACGGGAGCCUGUUUUACUUGGAAAGCCGGGGAAAAUGUUUGGUCAGUUUGCAAUGCAACGGGCUGGCGUAACCGAUCCCAGUCGUGUGCUAUUUAUAGGAGAUAUGAUUGAACAGGACGUGGGCUUAGGUUGUGCUACGGGAUUUAAAACCCUUUUAGUUCUAACAAAUAAAACAAAAGAAGAAAUGCUGAACCACAAAACAUUAAAACCAGAUUAUUACGCAGACUCCUUAGGAAGCUUAAUCCCAGUACUUAAUAGCAAAUGA